AUGGAAGACAAGUACCUGCCGGAGCUGAUGGCGGAGAAGGACUCGUUGGACCCCUCGUUCACGCACGCUCUGCGGCUGGUGAACCAAGAAAUAGAGAAGUUUCAGAAAGGAGAUAGCAAGGAAGAAGAAAAGUACAUUGAUGUGGUCAUCAAUAAGAACAUGAAGCUGGGACAGAAAGUGUUAAUUCCUGUGAAGCAGUUCCCUAAGUUCAACUUUGUGGGGAAACUACUGGGGCCACGUGGCAAUUCCCUGAAGCGUUUGCAGGAAGAAACGUUGACAAAAAUGUCCAUUCUUGGAAAAGGCUCCAUGCGGGACAAGACAAAGGAAGAAGAGCUGAGGAAAAGCGGAGAAGCCAAGUACUUCCAUCUCAACGAUGAUCUCCACGUGCUCAUUGAAGUAUUCGCCCCACCAGCGGAGGCCUAUGCCCGCAUGGGACACGCUUUGGAAGAAAUCAAGAAGUUCCUCAUCCCCGACUACAAUGAUGAAAUCAGGCAAGCCCAGCUCCAGGAGUUGACAUACUUGAAUGGAGGUUCAGAAAACACCGACGUCCCAGUGGUGCGAGGGAAGCUCCCCUUGCGGACACGAGGUGUACCUGCCCCCACGGUCACCAGGGGAAGGGGAGCAAUCACAGCCCGGCCAGUUGCAGUUGGUGUACCCCGAGGGACGCCGACCCCCAGAGGCGUCCUCUCCUCCCGAGGGCCAGUGAGCCGAGGAAGAGGGCUGCUCACCCCCCGAGCAAGAGGAGUGCCCCCAACCGGAUACCGGCCUCCACCACCGCCCCCUGCACAGGAGACCUACGGAGAAUACGACUACGAUGAUGGAUAUGGUACCGCUUACGAUGACCAGAGCUAUGAUUCCUAUGAGAACAGCUACAGCACCCCAGCCCAGAGUGGUACUGAUUACUAUGAUUAUGGACAUGGACUCAGUGAGGGGACAUAUGAUUCCUAUGGACAGGAAGAGUGGACUAACUCGAGACACAAGGCCCCUUCCUCGAGGACGGCGAAGGGGGUCUACAGAGACCAGCCCUACAGCAGAUACUGAGUGUACUGUCUGAUGUGAAAUAGCCAAUCUCCACCAGUCCUGUGUACUGUUCAAAGUAAUUUUUUUCUAUGAACAAUCUCUUUUUAAUAAAUCAGAAUGCUUAAAACGAUUGAAUGGAUGGAAUUUAAACUACUUUGUUGAAACGUCAACCGGGCAGAAAAAAAAAGACAUGUAAAAUUUUGUUAUUUCUAGUCUGUAUAUGAAAAAUAGGUCAUCAAAAGGAAAACAUAACUUUGAUUAACUAGUGUUAAACCAAACAACUAGGUUUACUAAAUAUGUAAAUCCAUCCUUCUAACAUAAGCCUCACCGUUCAUUUUAAAGGUUUCCAUAGAGCUUAGUUAUUUUACCUUUCAGCCAUAUGCUAGUUUAUUCUCUUUUUUCUCUCUCUUGCCAACAUGCGUAAAAAGGGAAACCAAUUUCAAGUGCAAAUAAUGUGGUCUUCUUUUGUAACUCAAGUCUUGAAAUGUUCUGUAGUGUUAAGCAAAGUCUCUUCUUGCUUGAUACUAAAUAAACUUUUGAAAGAAA